CCCGUCGGGUCCCUGGAACCGAACCUGGUGGAGGGGAGGGGGCCCCUCAGGGACUUGGGGGGUAACCAUGGGGCACCCCCGAAAUCCCUUUCCCGGGUGGGAACUCUCCUCCGGAAGAGGCGCAGAGAGACACUUUCCCUGGGAUCUUAAGUGUGGGGGCGGCUAGCUGGGGGCGCUCAUCUGCCUCAACUCUGGAGGCUUGGGAGAGAGUUGGCAGCGACUAGUGGACCGGCCAUGACCUAGGCCCUCUGGCCCGGGCCCCGGCCACAAUGACCUCUUUGCCCUGUCCCCUCCCUGGCCGGGAUGUCUCCAAAGUUGUCUUCCGGGACCUCGCCCCCGUCCCGACAGUGGUGGCUGCCUAUCCGUUUGGUCUACGCCCGACAACCGCAGCCUCCCCGGAUUUGUCCUACCCCCGGCCGUAUGGUCACCUCCUGUCCUACUCCUCCUACACCAGGCCGGCAACCCCGGGAGACUCCUACCUGCCCUGCCAGCAACCCUCGGCGCCAUCUCAGCCCCUCUGCGGGCCCGCUGAACACCACCAGGAACUCCAAGCAGAAUCUGAGAAGCUGCUGUCCCCAGAGCCCUCUCAGCAGUGCCAGCAGCCCCCUUCCAGGAAGCCGCGCAAGCCGAGGACCAUCUACUCCAGCCUCCAGCUGCUGCACCUGAACCAGCGUUUCCAGCACAGGCAGUACUUGGCGCUGCCGGAGAGGGCCCAGCUGGCAGCGCAGCUUGGCCUCACCCAAACCCAGGUAAAGAUCUGGUUUCAGAACAAACGCUCCAAAUAUAAGAAGUUCCUGAAGCAGAAUUCUGGGGGGCAGGAAGGGGACUUCUCCAGGAGACCCCCCUCUCUGUCUACCUGCUCUCCACCCCUUUCAUCCCUCUGGGAUCUACCCAAGGGAGGUACGCUGUCCACCAGUGGCUAUGGCAACAACUUUGGAGCCUGGUAUCAGCAUCACUCCCCAGAUGUGCUGGCUCUGCCUCAGAUGAUGUGAGUCUGGGGAAUGACUGGUCAGGCUUUAGCUCUCCUGCCAAGUCCAGGUCCAGCACACCUGCACCCCUUCUGGGAGGAGAGGAAACUGGCUCCAGAUGGGCUUUCUCAGAAGACAAGAAGCAGGAGGAACAAAAAGAAUGGGGUGGAGGCCGGCUCUCUAAACUAGAGAGCCAAAUCAAGGACUUCAGCCUUUACCACUGCCUUCACUGCUACCAUGGACUGGACAACUCCCUCCACUGGGACAAAGUCUUUAGAGAAAGUGUCAUCAGCUGGAGUUUAGACUGCCAGGGUCUUGCCACUCCUCUUCCACUUCAAAGGACUGGAAUCCCAUCGCAGGCUAGGAUCCAAACCAGGAGGAAACCAAAUAUUGUUCUCUGCUUGCAUCUCAGCCCCUACCCAGCCCAUGUGUGAACAGAAGCAGAAGAGGACACAGAGUCUCCAAGUUGGUCAUCAUCUGGUCCCUGCUGCUCACCUACCUGGUUAUUCCUGGUGGUCAACCCAUUACCUCCAUCACUGAGGGUAUGGUCUAAUGGCAGAGAGCAUGCUUAGUAUGUAUGAGGCACCAGCACCAAAAAAACAAAAACAAAAACAACACAAAAAACUA